GAUGAUAACUUAAGUUCUCAAACAUAAAAGAAUUGACAUGAAUACUGGCGGCCUACCCAGUGAUAAAUGAUGAUGGAAUUGAUGUCGAUUCGACAUUGAUUCAAUAAGUCAUUUCUCGACUCGUGCAUUUCAACGUGCACUUGCGUGACGUUCAAACGCGGCGCUGCGCAAUACAUUUUCGGCCAAAUUUGACAAGUCCAAGAUGUUAUAGGUGCGUGGUCUCACAGCUGUUUCCAAAUUUGUUCGCGGAUUAUCACGGGAUGCUGAUCAGCGAGCACGCGUGUUCGCAAACAGAUCCAAUGUACCAGCGGGCCUGAAGGCUACGCACAGGAAGGACAGGACUUUUACGGUGACUGUCGUCUACACCGUGUGCGAUUAACCUGCAUGACUCCUGCCGUAAUUCCUACUCAUUACAAGCUGACCUACUUCUCGUUUUGAAGCGCGUUUUAAAGUUGCGGAUCAGCAGAUCUAUCCAAACUUAUGUGUGGAUUAUGCCAGUCUUUUAAAUAAUAUCUAUAUAUACGCAUUGCACUCAGUACUAUGCCAGACAGGAACAAAGUUUUAGUCAGUGCUGGAGUAAUAUGGGGUAUGACUCUUUGCUAUAUUUUAUUUAGUCACAAGUUGAGACCUACAACAUUAUUAAAUUUUAUCCCUGCUAUAUUAUCUCGCAACAAAAAAAUGGAGAAUGAGGAUGAACAAAAGCAGAAUACAAACGACGCUGGUACAUCAAUGAACUAUGAUACUAAUGUACAUACAAAUACAGAAAAUGAAGUUCAAAAUAGAGAAUCUACAAUGUCAAAUUUUAUGACAGCUGGAUUAACAGCGGCAUCGCCACCGAAAUUCGUAUCUUUUGAUGAAAUUAUAAAAGCUGCCAAUGGAAUGAAAAAUAUGGCCUUAGCGCACGAAAUCGCGGUAGAUAAGAAUUUUCAACUGCAAAAAUUGGAGCCGAAAGAUGGUAGUUUUCAUAGGCGAGUAAAAGAAAUAAUGCACAAAGCUUUCUGGAAUCUGUUAGCAGAGCAGUUGGCCAAAGAUCCGCCAGAUUAUUCACAAGCAUUGAUUUUAAUGAAAGAAAUUAAAGAAUCUCUAGAUGAACUUGUACCACCACACAACGUGAGAAUUAAAGAAAAUAUUAGAGAAGUGCUCGAUUUGGAGUUAAUCAAGCAGCAAGCAGAGAAAGGCGUAUUAGAUUUUCACCAUUACGCGCAAUAUAUUAUAACUAUUAUGAGUAAAAUAUGUGCGCCAAUAAGAGACGACAAAAUCAAAGAGCUGUCGCAGCAAAUAGACGUUAUUGAGACAUUCAAAGGUGUCAUGGAAUUGUUGCAGUUAAUGAGAUUGGACCUAGCAAACUAUACUAUUACAAUGAUGAGACCAAGUAUCGUUGCAGCAAGUAUUGAAUACGAGAAAAAAAAGUUUGCUGAAUUUUUAAAAAUUAAUUCAAACGGCUUGCAAUACACAGAAAAAUGGUUACUGAGACACUUCGAUCCAGAAAAAGUCACAAGUUCAUCGAGCGGUAUUAAUAAUGUACGACAAAUUACUCAUUCUUUAUUGACAGAAGCGUACCUUGAUCUUCUAGAAUGGGAUUUCAAUCCAGAUGCUGAGACAUUGAUGUUGGAUCAAGGAAGACUUUUGGAAUUGCGUGAUAUAACUAGCAGAUUAAGUGUCAUUGGUUCUGUGAUUUUAUUGGUGAAUAAUACAAUUGGUGCACCAAUUUAUGGGAUCUCAAACUUUAAAAAGAAUAUUAAGAAACAUUUAAACGCAUUGUUGGAUUCUGUACAUUCGAAUAAAGAUUUAGAAGCUGCAAUGCCAAAUAUUAUACUCCAAGUAAAAACAGAUGUAAAAACGACAUUACAGGAAGUCCAUGCUCCCGAGUUGUCACCAGAAUUAGAAACAUUAUUAGAAGGUCAAAUAAAUGAUCUUGUAGAUACAAAACAUAAGAUCAGAUAUCUUGUCAGUUUACGAAUUAGACAGUUUGUACAGAGAAUUAUUCAAUCUCAAUCUACUGCGCCUCAACAAGUACCACUAGGCCUCUCCUCGCUACAAGAGGAAUUAGUGGUUAUCGCUGCCCGAUUUGUAAUACUUGUUUCACAUAAUCGUAGUGUGUUUUGCGAGUAUUAUCAAGAUAUUGUUGCAAAUGCGCUUGCAAAAAGCGACAAUGAUAAAGAGAUGGAGCAUAUCUUACAUGGAACACAUACUAUGGAUUUAUAAAAAGGAUUAAAUAAUUUGUUAAUAUAAAUAAUGCUAAUAUA